AUGAUUCCGUUCAUCUGUCUGGUGAAAGACAACGAUAUCUCAACCCCAUCUCCAUCACCGACUGUCCCUUCGCCCAACACUUGUCCGAACAGCUCCCCCUGUCCCUCGGGAUGGACCUAUAUUGAGACUUUCAAAAGUUGUUAUAAGCUUAUCUACACUGUGAAUGGGGCUUCCGGGGAUGAGAACUGUCGAGUGGCGAACGCUAAUUUAGCUUCGAUUCAUUCUCCCGAGCAAAAUCAGAUUGUCUAUGAAUUGACAAAAACCGGAGUGAACGACCUGCAAGCGUGGAUUUUGUUCGGUGGACAACGGACUGGACCUGGUGUCGAUGAUUGGAAAUGGUCCGAUGGAUCGCCGUGGAAUUACACGAAUUGGGCUCCCGGGGAACCGAACUCCGGGGACAGUCACUGUGUUCGUAUUUACGCCGAUGUAACCAAUCCAGCUAUAACGGCCAAAUGGGACGAUUGGUCCUGUGAUAGGGCCUAUCGAGCAGCGCUUUGUCAACAGCCGGCUAAAUUC